ACCACAAUUUUGAUGUUCCUUCUUUUUCAUCCACAGGUGGAAAGUGGUGGUGCGAGAGUGGCGCAAGUUUCAGCAAGAAAUUUUAGUUUCGAGCAUCUGAUAGUUAAAAGUUGGCACUGUGAGAGAAAUAUGAAAAAUAUUCAUACGAAUAGUAUAUGCUGGAUACACUAAAGAGGAUACAAAAUUAAGAAAGUUAUAAUCUAUUGAUCGUUCCAUUAAAAGCUUCAGUAUAAAGGGGUAAACAUUGAAUAAAUUAUAUUGACUUUACCGUUAUACUAAAUAAAAAAAAAUUUAUGCCAUUGGAAAAUACUUACAACGUAUUAUAUUAUGCUAACGCCCAAAAUCAUAGAAAUUACCACCAUAAAACGACAAUUAACCCAAACUUCAGCUACUUCUUGUGAUCAACAAGUGCAUAUUAAUAUUGAAAGGGAAGUAACCAAAUCCCCGUUAUAGAUUGCCGUUAUCUGAGUACCUUCGGUACGUAUACGGGUAUAUUUGACGCUGGUCGUUUAAAAGUUGUUACGUAGAUAACAGAGAAUAAGUAGUUUUACUGCAACCGAACUAACAACUCGUAUUUAAGAAAAACGAAAAAGAGAUUUUAUUUGAAGCUAACGUCAAAAAGCAACACACCAAUAAUUAUAGAUACAUAUUUACAUAUAUGUAUAUAGAAAGCAUAUAAAGAUCGCCAAAACCAACAUUACACUAUUUUUUGCAACAAUAUCAUGUCCGAUCUUGGCAGUGGCGACGAAGGCAUUUCUGGCUCAAAAUACAAUGCAAGUGGCAUGGAGGGCACCAGUGGCAGAAGUGAUUUUGAUACUGCAGGCAAGCCACAAACAGGUGCGCAACAAGGAGAACAAGAAUUGGCAACGAAAAUGCUUCAAAUACAAUCGAAACGCUUCUAUUUGGAUGUGAAACAAAACCGUCGUGGGCGUUUUAUUAAAGUCGCCGAGAUUGGUGCCGAUGGAAGACGUAGUCAAGUGUAUUUGGCCUUAUCAACUGCCGCUGAAUUUCGUGAUCAUCUUUCAACAUUUAGCGACUAUUAUGCAUCUUUGGGGCCACCAAAUCCAGAUAAUCUACCUGAAGAUGGAAAACUGAAAUCCGAGAUGAUGAUUAAAGAUAAUAGACGAUACUAUUUAGAUUUAAAAGAGAAUGCGCGCGGACGUUUCUUACGAGUAUCGCAGACUAUAACAAGAGGUGGACCUAGAUCACAAAUAGCUAUACCAGCUCAAGGAAUGAUAGAAUUUCGAGAUGCGCUAACAGAUUUACUUGAAGAGUUCGGAACCAAUGACGGCGGGUAUGUACUUAAUAUGUCAAAUUUAAAAAAUAUUAGAAAACCAAUCGUACUUUAUAGUGGCACUCGAGAGUAG